GGCCUAGCGGCGCGGCGCUGGCCCCGCCCCCGGCCCCUCCCCGCGACCCUGGGCGGCGACCCCGGCGGUGGGUCCGGCCGCCGUCGCCUGGAGUCCACGUGGGUCUGGCCGCGCUGCGUCCGAGCGCGCGGGGAGAGGGGACGGGUCCUCCCGAGAGCGCGAGCAGCCUCCAGCCCCACCUCGGCGCGCCCGGGCGGUGUCUCGGCGUGGGAGGUGGGAGUGUGCAUUGGCCCCGGGUCGAGAUUAAGCUGGGAACGCGAAGAUUUUCCUUUUUCGUAAUGAGGGCAUAGGGUUAUUUUUAAUAUUUGCUUAGGAAAGCACGUGCUGUCACUGGCUUUGCAUUUUCCCUGUCAUAAUAAAUGAUGCGUGGCCGAGGCUAUUGAAGUGUUCUAAAAACUGGAUGUGCCCAGGAUGCUGUAGUCUUGUCAGUUUAAGUGACUUUUGGAUAUUUAAAAUUUUUGUAAGGACUUGCAAGAUUCUAGCAUGAGACAAGUAAUGAAUUUAUGUAGGAUUUCAGCAUGAGUAUUGAAGUAAUCAGAUUUCAGUGGUUGGCACAGCCUUGCAAAUAAAUGGCCACUUGUCCACGUGCUUGAGGUCUUAACUAUUCAUUUUGAGCGAGUUCUCUAGGAUCAGCUGACUGCUGAUUAUAAUUCAUACUAGGCCAUGUAGAGGCUGUAUCCUUAAUUGAUAAGCAGAGAUUAGAGGUAACGUUUAACAUCCUACCCCUUAGCCAGCUUUCUCUGCUGCUUUGUGGAUCAUUCUGUUAAAAUUAAACUCACCUCUGUCUGGAUGAAGAGCAUUGCUUGGUACAUAACAUAAAAGCUUUAUUUCUAGUAGUAACACAUAUUCGUUUAUAUAUAUUAUAUAUACAUAAUCACGUGCAUAAAUUUGUAACUGUUUAGUAUGAUUACAGAGUUGGAAAAUUAGGAACGAUAAUAAUGUGCAAUGUUGAGUACUGAUUGCUUGCCAGGCCUUUGCCAAAUGAUCUACAUGCUUUAUCUCAUUUAAUCUUCCGGAUAACUUUUUGCAUAAACAUAGGUUGCUUAGAAAUACUUGAGUACACGAGUUUGAUUUGAACGUGUCCAAAUGCGGAAUAUGUACAUUAAUUGCUUCUGUUUCUGUUUUUUGUAAAAUAAGGGUGUGGGCAAUAUAAAAUGACUCAUAGAGUAAUUUAAUGUGUUUUUCAAGUUGGAAGAAGGCUUUGCAUUUGCACAGAACUGCAAUUAGUCCCUUUAUUGGGGUAUUCAGUAGUUUCCAAAGCCCUGUGUCUCUUUAUCAGAGUUCCCAUUACAUGUCAUUGUCACCCAAUGAACAGGCUAUGCUUGGAUGUUGGAAAAAAGUAAAUGUUGGGAAAGCCUUGAUGGUCCCUUCUGAAAGGUGCCCUUUUUCCAUAUAUAGUUUCUAAGCAACAUUCCUAAUUAAGGGUUAACGAAUGACAGUCAAACAGGAAUGUGAUUUUCCAGUACCAAACCAAGGAAAUAAAAAACUGGGUUGGCUGUUACUUUGUUGAUGAGUCUAACUUUCAUGGGUAUGUAGAUGUUGAGAAUGUUAAGUAAUCUACGUUGUAGGGGUUCUACCUUACUUUUCAGUUUGCCUUUACAUGUCUUAAACAUAUUUGAGUCCAGUACUUUGUGCAUGAAGAAGUUAAGUUUUUGACUGGAUUUAAUUGAGUAGUUUUGACUUCCUUAAUCAAGAAGUUUAUUCUGUGUUUCCAGAGGUACAAUGUAAUAAUUUAUGUAGGCGUAACAAUGACGAGAAUGAUGGUGGGAUCCAGCAGUUUGCAUCUUGGGAGAGUAGGAUUGGGUGAGAGGCCUGCAGAGGAUGAGCGAAGCGCUUGGAAAUGUGUCAUAUUUGUGAUUAGAGCGUAUUGGACUUAACGCAUCUUCAGAUAGUGGUCCAUCAUCGCAGAAGAAAGGAGUGAGAAUGCUUUGCCAGUCGGUAUUUAUAAGAGUGUUCCUUUACCUGAAGGCGUUCUCUUCUGGGAGGAGAUGAGUGGACGGAUGUAGGAAGAAAAAGAUGCAUGUGUUAACACUUCCACCCAUCGUGACUAACUGAUUCCUGCCAACACAUGCAUCUUCAGGCACUUUUCUAGUAGAUAUUUGAUAUCUGUGGGCAGCCACUAGUAGAAGAAGAAGGGAAAAGGGCGGGAGGAGACAAAGCACAGGGCUUUAAUGAAUAGGCUUUCAUUUGGGCAAGAUUGAGCAGCUGGGCCUCCGCAGCCUCUAUUACGAAAACUGUUCCAGUAAUACUGUGUGUGUCUGUAAAUCUCUUAUAUGUUAUUUGUAUCCAGAAAUAUGGAGAAUAUCUCUUUAAUGUGCUUCAUAAACAAUGGAAGAUAUUUAGAAUACAGUACAUGAAAAGUUAUUAAUUUCUGUAUGUUUGCCAUUGUUGGAAGCCGGAGUGACUGUAAUGCCAGCAUUGGCUCCUGUUCACGAGACAUUUAAGGGAUGUUGUGUUUCAUCGGGUUGGAGGACAGGCCCUUCCUCCUUACUUCAGAACUUGGCUCUCACGUGGAGUGAGUGCCCUUUUAGGUCCCAGGGUGCAGGGGCCGUUUCUGGGUCCCUCAUGGCCGUAUUCCAAGAGCCAAGGACAGAGGCCGGCCUACGGAAGGUGUGCAGUAAAUAUCUGUGGAAUGAGCAGACAUGCUGGAAUCCUCUCUCUGUUCCCACCUGUCGUGGAAAUCCAAGUCACCUCUAGGGGCAGGGCCACUGCAGGCUUGCCCUCUCCAGAGUCCCAGCUCACAGUGAGCCCUUUGAAUGGUAGCUGUUUAAACCACAUACUUUGGCAUUUAAUCAUUUAUGGCUUUAUAUUGUUGCAUGACCAUUUCCUGUGUUUUGUUUCCCCACCCAAAAUACAGGCUACUCGAGGGCAGGGAAUACAUGUUUACACAGGUCUGUGUUUGAGAACUUCCUUGUUCAUCCAGUAUAAUAAUUUGUACCGAGUAGGUUUAUUUUUACCUAUUGAGUGAAUAUUAGGUGCCAUGGGGGGAACAUCAGAAAUAUUCAAAAUGUGGUCCCAGUCCUCGAGUAGGUAGUAUUUCAGUUGGGCAAACAUCGUGUACACACGUGGAACAAUAAGAGAAUUUGGAGUUACAUAAAGCACAUAAUGAUAGCUAACGUUGAUGUAGUGCUUACAACGUGCUUUUACAUGUAAACAUAUUCGACUCUCACAACAGUCCUUUGACGUAGGUACAGUUAUAAUCCCACUUUUCACAUGAGGAAGCUGAGGCACAGGGAGGUAAUUCAGUCACCUGCCCGAGACCACAAAGUGAGUAGUAAGCAGGGAGGUGGCAUAUGAACCCAGGCAGCCUGGCUCUUGAAUCAGUGUGGGUUCUCUGGGGAGUUUUACUUUAUCAAAGACAGAAAAGAGAGCUAGAAGUUGACCCUAGUUUCUCAGCUGUAAAGGAAGCUCUUUAAAAAUUUCAAAGUAGCAUACAUGGUGGCAAUGACUUUGAGCUGCAGAAACAAUGCUGGAUUUUCCAGGCAGAAGAGGUUGAUAACGAAAUGGUUGAGGGGACUGUAUUUUGAAAUGACUGAAGGCAAGAGGAGAAAAACCAAAUUUUGAACCUCAAAGCUGAGGGAGACUAGGACUCUUGGUAGCUGUUGAAUUCUAGGACAGUGAUUCACCAGGACAAAGGGCAGUGACUGUUUAAGGUACUAAUUCUGUGUCAAAUAACUCAUGUGAAAGAACCCCUAGUGAAUGUAAUUUACCAGGAUGGGAGCAUUACUAAAGGCUUCCGGUGCCCAUCUGUCCGUUUGCCUUGUCCUUUUGUGAAAUCUUGACCCACUUUUUCAGCUUGUCUUGGACAGUAGAACACACUCUUGGGGCCCGGAGGCCUCUUCCAACCAAGUAAUAUUCAUUUGGUGGAAAAAAACUUAACGGCACUGUUGGUUUGGUGACAAACCUGGAGUGAGGUCACUUUGAAGCCAUGUGGACUUGGAUGAGGGCCUGCAAACAAAAUCCAGCAAGAUGAAGCAAAGUGGUUUACUCUGAAAGCCCAGUUUUGUAUCCCUUUAGUCGGGAGCUGACAAUAUUAUAUUGGGGGUGUUGGGCACCAACAGAGCCCAUUGAAUCCACAUGACUCAGCCGAUAGGGGAGCACACACGUCACCAUACCCGCUGUCCAGGAAUCACAGGAGGAGGUGCCCUGGAGUGAAGCCUGGGCCACAGCCCCGGUUAGCAGCUCUGCAGGCAUCUUACCUUGGAAACAGCACAGCUUGGCUUCCGUGUCAUCGCUGAGUUCAGAGAAUCCUAGUUUCACCGUGUCCUCAGUAGAGACCAGAGAACCAGAUGGAAAUGAAGGAUGAUCUCUGUGUUCUGUUUUCAGUUAUGUAGGAGUCCAGAAUAAGGGUCGCUUCGCUCCAGCUUCCCUGUCCCCCGGGAGCCCCUUCAGUUCCCAUCCUAUCAUCUUUUGAAGGAGUCACUUUGUGUCUGACCCGGGUCUGCCAAGCUCAGGGUGUGCAAAUGGUCAGGUAGACAGUUGCCACACCCCACGGUGUCACAGCCACAUCGGGUCAUCCUGUUCCCAGAAAUCAGGCGCGGUCCACGUAUUUGAGGAACGCGGGGGAGAUCUCACAGCUUCCCCAGACUGGGAAGGAAAAUAUGGAAUGUGUUUUACCGCUGACUGAACACAACCCAAUGAACUGUCCUGACAGUAGUUUGAAAGCCAGCAGCUAGCAGUUUGUGCAGCUCCAGCAUCAUCCGGCACUUUCCAGCGCAGACUCAUUGUUUACGAGAACUCUCGGCCUGACGACGUUUGAACCUCAACCUUUCAAAUACUUCUGCAAAAGAAAAGUACCCGGAACCCCCUUUCCAAAAUGGCCGCAGAUGAGUAUCUGUGGAUGGUCAUCUUGGGUUUUUUCAUAGCUUUUAUCUUGGCAUUUUCCGUGGGUGCCAAUGAUGUUGCCAAUUCGUUUGGUACCGCCGUGGGCUCGGGCGUGGUGACCCUGAGGCAGGCCUGCAUCCUGGCUUCAAUCUUUGAAACCACCGGUUCGGUGUUACUGGGGGCCAAAGUCGGAGAGACCAUCCGGAAAGGCAUCAUUGACGUGAACCUGUACAACCACACUGUGGAGACGCUCAUGGCCGGGGAGGUCAGUGCCAUGGUCGGCUCCGCCGUCUGGCAGCUCAUUGCAUCCUUCCUGAGGCUCCCGAUCUCGGGGACUCACUGCAUUGUCGGGGCCACCAUUGGAUUCUCCCUCGUCGCAAUUGGUACAAAAGGUGUGCAGUGGAUGGAGCUGGUCAAGAUUGUUGCUUCCUGGUUUAUAUCUCCGCUGUUGUCUGGUUUCAUGUCUGGCGUGCUGUUUGUACUGAUUAGAAAGUUCAUCUUAAGAAAGGAGGACCCCGUUCCCAACGGCCUCCGGGCGCUUCCCGUGUUCUAUGCGGCUACCAUCGCGAUCAAUGUGUUUUCCAUCAUGUACACAGGAGCCCCAGUGCUGGGCCUGGUCCUUCCCAUGUGGGCGAUUGUGCUCAUCUCCUUCGGGGUCGCGCUGCUGUUCGCCCUCUUCGUGUGGCUCUGUGUGUGUCCGUGGAUGCGGAGAAAGAUAGCAGGCAAAUUACAAAAAGAAAGUGCUUUAUCACGAGUCUCUGAUGAAAGCCUCAACAAAAUUCAGGAAGCGGAGUCCCCAGUGUUUAAAGAGCUACCGGGUGCCAGGGUUCAUGACGACAGCACCAUCCCCCUCACCGGGUCGGCCGCGGAGCCGUCCGGGACCUCAGAAAGCACGACAGGGGGACACCACCCCCGCGUACCAUACGGCCGGGCGCUGUCCAUGACACACGGCGCCAAGUCGCCCGUGUCUAACGGGACCUUCGGCUUCGACGGCCCAGCGCGCGGCGACGGCCACGUGUAUCACACGGUGCACAAGGACUCGGGUCUCUAUAAGGACCUGCUGCACCGCAUCCGCGACGAGCGGCCAGCGCCGGACGGGGCCCCGCGGCUGCUGCGGCGCAACAACAGCUACACGUGCUACACGGCGGCCAUCUGCGGGCUGCCCGGCCUGGCCACGCGCCGCGGCGACGCGCCCGCGCCCGAGGACAGCGAGAAGCUGGUGGCCGACGCCGUGGCCUACUCCCGCCGGCGGCUGCGCUACGACAGCUACUCCAGCUACUGCAACGCCGUGGCAGAGGCCGAGAUCGAGGCCGAGGAGGGCGGCGUGGAGGUGCGCCUGGCCACCCCGCUGGCCGAGCCCGAGCCUCCACGCGAUGACGCAGCGGACGACGAGAAGGAGGAGAAGGACUCGGCCGAGGUCCACCUGCUUUUCCACUUCCUGCAGGUCCUCACCGCCUGCUUCGGCUCCUUCGCGCACGGCGGCAACGACGUAAGUAAUGCCAUUGGUCCCCUGGUAGCUCUGUGGCUGAUUUAUGAACAAGGUGCGGUCCUACAAGAAGCAGUGACUCCCGUCUGGCUGCUGUUUUACGGAGGGGUUGGAAUUUGUACAGGCCUCUGGGUUUGGGGGAGAAGAGUGAUCCAGACCAUGGGGAAGGACCUCACCCCCAUCACGCCGUCCAGCGGCUUCACCAUCGAGCUGGCCUCAGCGUUCACCGUGGUCACCGCCUCCAACGUCGGGCUGCCCGUCAGCACCACGCACUGCAAGGUCGGUUCGGUGGUGGCCGUGGGCUGGAUUCGCUCGCGGAAGGCCGUGGACUGGCGCCUCUUCCGGAACAUCUUUGUGGCCUGGUUCGUGACCGUGCCUGUAGCAGGGCUCUUCAGUGCUGCUGUCAUGGCUGUGCUCGUGUACGGGAUCCUUCCGUUCGUGUGACCGGUCCUCUUCCAGCCGGUAAACAAGGGAUGGGCCGGGCUGCGUGUGGGCGCUGCGUGCUGUCUCCCGCCAGCGCCUCCACGACCCUCUGUGAUGUUCCAAACCACACCGUCCACCUAGGUGUAGUCGUCCUCCAGAGCUAACUUGACUACUGUACAUAAUCAUGUGCACUAAACUGGUAUCGUGGUGACAUAACAUGGUGCGGUUACUUAUAUAUUAAAUAUAUAUGGUAUACAUAGAAUAAUAGGUAGUGCUAUUUCAGACAUACUCGAAAUGGGAGUGGAGACACUUGCCUAGAAGUCGAUAUUCAGCAAAUCUUUGUACAUACUGAUUUCAGUGGCAAAUUUUAAGAACCUUUGAAAAGGAAAGUGUAGAUUGGAAAAUGGUAUUUUUUUCCCAUUUAAUAUACUGUAACGUAAGUGAGAUACAGGAUGGAUGAUACCCAUUUGGGAAGGUGUAUGUGUGUCAGUGUGCUACUGAAUACUGGAACAGGAGUUCACAAGUGCUUUCACUGAAGAAUUUGUUCAUAUACUGUGUAUUGAUUAUGUAAUAUAUCAUAAUUGCUUCUGUAAAUACUUAAAACUGUAAUUUUUUAAUGGUGUGCUUCCCUUAUCCUUUUUUGAUCAGAGAAGUUUGGAAAGUACCAAAGAAGCAGGGGAAUAGUUUGCCAGUAUUAUAUUUUCAUACUGUUUGUCUCCCCUUCUCACUAAUCCUACCAUUAGCCUGGGAUGCGGCAGGACCACCAUGCUCUGAGCUGCCCUGGAGCAGGGUGUACGGUGAGGCACCAGCCCCCCCGCGUGUGUGCACGUCCCACUUCCGGUCCCCCUCCCCGCCACCACGCUGCCACUGCUGCCCCGUGCCAGAUCUUGGCCCUUCGUUGUUGUCAGUGUAGAGAAGGUACAGCGGCGAGGACGUGUGACCGAGCACUACAUAUCAAGUCCAGUUUGAAUUUCCGCCCCCUCCUCCCCUGCAGCCUGAAGGAGGCAAGUGCUCUGACAUUCUGGAAGCUCAGGAGUGGGGAGGGCUGAGCUGUUAGACAAUACACUGGACUUGACUUCCUUGAGGCCUUCACUAAGUGGAGCAGCACGAUGUUCUGCUGGAGCCCCCCUGGCGUCUUCUUUUUCGAUAGCGGGAGGAAGUGUGGCUAAUGCUAGAGCCUGAAACUAUGGAAAUGCUGCUGAAACUUUUAUAUUGACAAACAUUUUCUCGGUACUUCAUUGUGAUUUUUCAUUAAUCAAACAUAUUACAUUUAUAAUAAAAACGUGCCCCUCAAAAGUUUUGCCUCUGAAGUCUUUUUCUAAAUGCCUAUAUGAUGUUUCUUAUUGAGUUUCCACAAAAAUAAAAGCUAUAAUUUGUUUACUUC